UCGGGUCUCUGCGAUGGUCUCUGCGAUGGUCUCGGGUCUCUGCGAUGAUCUCGGGUCUCUGCGAUGGUCUCGGGUCUCUGCGAUGGUCUCGGGUCUCUGCGAUGGUCUCGGGAGGCUAGAGCUGCCCAGUCUCUGUCUGACCCCUUCACUGAGCCCAGUUUAACCUUGGGACACCCUACCAGGGUCUGAUGUCCCAACUACACAGCCUUCAGGGUCAUGGAGCGGCUCGAACUCCUCCCCAGUGAUGUGCAUAGAUCUGGUGGAGGAGUUUAUUAAUGAUUCAUUCUUAAUUAAAUCCAAGGAUUCUUGCAGUUAAUAUAAACCUGUUUAUAAAAGUGCGACAUUCUCAGCGGGAUGACACCGUUAGCUUGGAACGCUAUUUUUAUAUCAACAAUCCACCUUCACGGACCGCUUUGCGUCUGGCUGUGCUAGUAAAGAACUCCUGCUCAUGUUUAUAGAAAUGAGAAACUAACCUGUCUAAAUAACUUUACACCGUGUCACUGUUUUCUCACCCAGCCAACAUCAGUGCUGGUUUUCCUUAUGUAAAUUUUUAUUUGAGGAACUAUUUUUCUCAGUUUUGCUUUUUCUUACUUGGGAAGUUCCUGCUGGCUGGAAUAUCUCGAUGAUGUAAAUGAUAAGUGUUGUGAGGGCAUAAAAUGCAUCUGCUGGUGUUCUGUCUCUUUAAGGGGGGGUCAUUUUCAACAAACUGCUCGCCCCCCCCCAUGUCUUGCUGGGAAGAGAUCAGUGUGCAUGGGCAGUGAAUAAAGGAGACAGAGCCAGGAUUGUCCAGAUAUUAGCAUGCUGGUCCCAUCUCUUCGGCCCUUUCUUCAGUCAGGCUGCUGUUGGCUGACGACAUCCAGAAUCUGACAGCAGAUGCAUCAGCAGAGUUGGGAACUUGACCCUGUAAAUGAAUGGGGAUUACUUUAUAACAGUGACACGUUUGCUUUGAGCAAGAGUGAGAAGAAUACAGGAACAGAAGCCAGUGUCUAUAAAUCUUCAGCUUUUGACUCAGGCUUGGCAGAUUUCCUGACAUCCCUCCAAACUUGGCUGUCUCCUGGCAACUUCUGUGGCUUGCUGACUGUGAAAAGGACCGAGUCUGCCUGUGGGACAAAAGAAACACUUGAAAGUUUCCAGCAUUUCUGAGCGGAGCAGAAAGAUCCUCGUCCGUAACGACAGCGGUGGACGAGGCUUCGCAGGGCCAGGAGAAAGCUCCACGCCCAGCAUGUUGAAUCUCAACUCUCCUAAUGACAACAGGAGCUCUCUCCAGGACCCUGUGUCGUUGAACGUUGGUGGAGAAAUUUAUACCACCACCCUGGACACUCUGACCCGCUGCCGAGACUCCAUGUUGGGCGCGAUGUUCACUGGACAGAUGGCGGUUCUCAGGGACAGCAGAGGACAUGUCUUCAUCGACAGAGACGGUAAAGUCUUCAGGUAUGUCCUGAACUACCUGCGCUCCUGCUCCUUGGACCUGCCGGAUGGAUUUUCUGAACUUUCACUGCUGCGCAGAGAGGCAGAUUUCUUCCAGAUACGGCCUCUGUUAGAGGAGAUUGAUCGUUAUGAGGCAUCGGUGGCCCUCGGCUGGAGAGGAGGGCCACAAGGAGCCAUGAUCAUUGUUAACCUGGACUCCAAGGUCAGAGUUCUUCAUUAUAACUUGCGGCACGGCCCAGAAAACUAUGAGCUCUGCACAUGCUCAGUUCGAGCCUUCACAGCUGACCUUUUCUGUACAUGGGGGGCUUUCCUCGCUCUGCUGUGUGAGCGCUUCUCCUACCGGACAUCCCAGGGUCUCACCAGCCCUCAUCCAUGCAACCAGAGGCAGAACUGGCUGAAACUUGAGUGGGUGCCGAGGCCCGAUGAGCUUCCACAGGACCAGUAUGACAAGCAGUACUACCGGGGGCUAGCUGUCAUCAACCCUGAGGUAAACCGGCCAGAUGACAUAAUGAACAAGCUUCGGAGCCCCUAUGACAUCACAGACCUGCAGGCCUUUGUGGAGGAGCUGUUGAAGGUGUCUCUGGCUGAGGGAUUCAAGGUCGAACUGGUCUCUCCUGAUCCUGUAGAAAUUCUUAACUGCACCUCCCUUCGACUUGUUAAGUUCUGACUUGUGGACCAAACUGAUACAAGCUAACCAGCAACCCUCAGCUAACCCGGGUUUAAACUAUCUAACCAAGUCUUUUAAGGGCUGAGUUGAAGGUUACAACUAAUAAUGACCAGGAGGCUGUCAGCUCCUCCGUCACCUCCUUCAUCAGCUUCUACAUCAGCUCCUGGAUUAUGACUCUUUAGGAUUAUAUUUACAGCAUACAGGACAUAAAUGAAUAAAAUCAGUUUUCAGAAACAUAAAGCCAACUAGACACGUGAAAAAUCAAAUAUAAACACACAACUUACUUUUACUAACUUUAGAAGAAAUUAUCCAAAUCUCUCACCAACAAAUUCUAACGUAACAUGAUUAUCCUGCCAGUUUAACUGCAGACAGCUCUCACUGACAACUAAAGAAGGAGGAUUUUAUUUUCAGCCUGGCGACGGCCAGCAGACUGAGCUCCACUACUGACCGCUGCCUUCAUCUCUUUUCUUUUUGCUCAACCUGCUUUUCUUCUUUUUCUCACUGACAGAAAACUUCUCAUCUUUUUGAAAAACUCGCUCAUUUGUCUGUCGACACAAGACACGCCGCUACUUGCAGCCAGACCGAGGGGUGGAGGUGGGGACCGUGCUCCGGA